AGUAGUAGUUUUAAUGUACUUUCCAAACGAAGGAUUAACUCCAGCAGAGUAUCGAGCUGAUACCCGUCCUCCAACAGCUACCCAUGCCGAGUUCCAACACAAUAUGGACAUCAAUCGUCUUACUAACUCUAUACGGACAUACUCCUUUAUAUGGCUAGUAGUUGGUAUGGUUGGAGUAUUCGAUUCAGUGGUAUCAAUAAUUACAUAUGGUAAAGCUCAAGAGAUGUACUACGUAUCACCAUCAUCGAUGUACUUACUCCGAUCCAUCAUAUUAUGCUGUGCGAGCUUUCUCUUAUUAGUCUGGGAAAUACGGGAAAGUAAAAUGGCGACAGUUAUGUCAUGUAUACUUUAUUUAUCGUAUGCACCCCUGCUCCUUCUGGAGCUCAUUGCAGAUCUGUCAUGUUCGGGCUCCAAGUCUGCGGAUACUUCUUCCAUUUUCUACAGCUGCCAACCCUUUCAGGAGUACGAUGGCUACACGUUGGUGUACAAGGUGCAUACAGCAGUAUUGUGUGCAUUCGCUAUGUAUAUGGGUUGGUUGUUAUGUAACUAUAUUAAGAAGAAUGAGGGCAUUAAAAAGCAAAGGAGAGAGUCUAGUACAUUGAGAGCAGCAAGAGCUAAGUGGCGAGCUACGAGUGAUGCGAUGAUUGCAGCAGCAUCAUCCAAGCGUAAUACGCUACCAUUAGUAACCCCACGUAGGGGAAGGGUUGACUCAAUGCAGAGCUUUUAUACAGUCUCUGGAUCGGACUUGAAUGAACCCCUAUUGGAACGUAUGGAAAACGGAGAGAUGAUGCCGAGCAUUGAAGUGCCUAUGUUAUGUAAGGAUGACGAUGACCUUACACCGGAUGAACUGCUAUGCAUCCGUGAGCUACGAGAAAGGCUUAAGAAUUCGGAAUUAACGAGGAGAUACGUUACGCAUGAUUGGCUCAAGUUGGCUUGGUCUCGUAAUCUCGACGUUGAUAAGGCUGAGGCUCUAGCGCGUCGUCACGAAGACCUUCUGAAGAAGUUACCUAUUCGAGAGAUAACAGAGUCUGAAAUCCAACGAAACUUCAGCGCCGGGUUCAGUGUAAAAGCCGGUCGAGAUCUCGACGGUAGGCCUAUGGGGUGGGUGAGGAUGCGAUUCAUGUCACCAGCAACCAUACCAAUAUUAUGUGGCGUGAAAUCCACAUGGAUGGCGUUGGAUGCGGCUCUAGCCGACCCUGCAUCGGUACGCCUUGGUGCGUGUCUGGUGUACGACUUUGCUGGUAUUGGUAUGAAGAAUAUUACGCUUAACGUGGGAGAUAUCAAGAAGGGAGCUCUUGCUGUCGGCUUGGGUCAUAUAUCACACAUUAGCCGCGUUAUGUUCGUCGAUGCACCAUUCAUUUUCCGAGCAGCUUGGGCGGCUGUAUCACCACUAUUGCCCUCAUCUCUGACCAAUGUUGUAACAUUCCUCAACACAACUCAUGAUGGUGAUGUUGAAUGGUGUGCUGGUGUGUGUGAUCCUGCCGAGCUACCAGCAUAUUUAGGUGGCGAAGUCGAUGGUGAUUAUUAUUCCUGGUUAACUACAAGAUUGGCUGGCUCUCAUUUGGCCUAUCGCGAAUACUGGCCAACGCCGAGUGGACCUGAGGACAUUUCGAGUGCCUCCACGAGCGGCAGCGCUUCUCCUCCAACUGCUCGUCAGCCUCUCCAUGAUACAACACUGCCGGGUGGUAUUGUGGACCAUGAAACUAGGUUCUAAGCUUGGCGCAGCCGAGGCAAUGUUGGUAGAGAAGUUCGGUUUUCACUGGAGCUGGUGGGUUGGUUUGGUUGUCAGUUUGGCAAUCAUGUAGUUGGAAGUUCUAUUCCUGGCAGGGAUACUUAGUACAUUGUGCUGGCUAAUUGUGUUACUAAAGCUAACAAUAUCUCCUAAUCAAUUGUCCGAUUGUGCCCGUGAUCAUCAUCAUCAUUAUUAUUCCAGAUUUACGGUACGCCAACGCCUCUAUACGA